AUGCUAUAGGGUUUUAAUUAAUCAAAUUUCAUUUCAAGAAAAGCGAUUUUGUUUUAAAAAGAAAAGUAAUUUGUUAUUUAAUCAAAUCAAUAAGGUAUGGAAAAAAAUUAGAAUAAACUUCUUAAUAUGUUUAAAAGUAUAAAAAUAAUUUAUUUAAUCUAGGAAAAAAUAUCACAAAUCAUAAUAGAUUGGAACUGCUAAGAAAUGA